GUUUCCCGUCCUUUGUGCCCGUUUAUCGUGGCCGCCGCCCCGCCGCGUGCCUGGCCGGUACCCCGGGUCUCCCCAGGAGGACGGUGUCCCGGAGGCCAGACCCCUGGGAAAGAGCUUUUCCUCCCGUGCUUGUGCGCCCUCGUUCCCUUGGGGGGACACCCCAGGCACAUCCAGGGCAUGGGCACCGGGGUGUACGAGGACAUGAAUCCGGGGAAGCCGGGCUCUGGAACAUUCCUGGGAGUGUCCUGCCAAAGAAGUGGACAAGAGUGUAAGCACAGCUGUCACGCGCAGUGACUCUGGUCUCUCCCAGGCAGUGUGUGGAGCGCUCUGGACAGGAGACUCCAGGACCCGGGACCAGCUGCCUCAGUUCUCUCCUGCAGGAUUCCAUCACCUCUCCCAGCGCCGCCUCCAGAGUCCUCUGGCAUCUUUGAGAGCAGUGGACAAUGGAUAAAUCUCUGGAACCUUUGACCUUCAGAGAUGUGGCCGUAGAAUUCUCACAGGAGGUGCAGGACUACCUGGACCCGGCACAGUGGGAAUUUUACCGAGACGUGAUGUUAGAGACUUACAGGAACCUGGCGUCCUUGGGUGAUCUGCAGCCUGCUCUAUUAGUGCUCAUUCAAGAAAAUCAGUUCCUUAUUACAAGCUAAAAUCAGUGUGUUAUUGCACAUUCCUAUGACUCAGAUGUCUGGAAAUGGUUCUCAGGAUUGAAAAUUUAUUUCUUUAAAGAUUUAUUUAUUUAUGCAUACAAGAGCUGGGGUUCAGGCCAGAGGUGUGAGGGGUGAAAUGACUCACCAGAGACAGAACCGGGAACAGAACAGGCAGAUCAACCGAAGCACACUGCUGAGGGGAGCAGCGGUCGAGUCAGGAGACGUCCACCUCGCCAUGUAGGCCACUCCCUGGCCGGCCAGGGAUUGAACUCUCGCUACAGAGGCCACGGACAGCUUCACAGGAUGCUCCUUAACCCCUGGCACCUCCAGGGAGGCCCCAGGAUAUGAAAAUUUAAAUGAUUUCUGGUAAAGGUGGUGUCAGAAAAAGUAUUUGCAGUGAUCCUUUUCUAGAACCUUCUGUAUUCUCCUCUCUACUGAGCACAAUCCUGUAUUGGUAAUUUGAAAAUCUGCAGGCCAUCUCAUAUCACCUGUCCUAAUAAACAGGUCUUGCUAUGUCUAAGCCUGACCUGGUCGUCUUGUUGGAGCAAAAGGUGGAGCCCUGGGAUGUGAAGAGAAGUGCAAAUCCCGUCCUCCUCCCAGCCAUGUCUUCUCAAGACGACCAGGACUGCAUACCACAGUCAGGCACAGAAGAUUUAUUCCUAAAUGUGGGACCGGGAGGAGAUGGAAUCGACACCUCUGAGAAUUUAGAAUUAUUGAAAGAUCAGACAUGUCAAGAGGCAUGUGAAGGGCACAACAGUUGUUGCGAUGAAGAUGGCCGAGCAGCGACAAUUAUCCAUAGUAAAAUUUCUCCUGCAAAAACUGAUCCAGUGUGUAAACCAUGUUGGGUAAAACUCCAUUUUAUGUGUGUUGCAUGUAUAGAUAAAUAUGUUUCUGUUAGCAAAGAUCCAUGUGGCAUUUUUAACCACACAUUCUCACAGAGGAAUAUUGGAACAUAUGGGAAGUCCCCUAGUCCAUAAUGGAAAUGAUUAUUCAAAACAUUGUCACCAUGGGGUAGGUUUAAACUUUGUGUCAAAUCAUUCUCAACAUCAGAGAAUUAGAAAGGAAGAUGAAAAAUCUACAGAGGAUCCUAUUGAGGAGUCCUCAAAACUUCUCCAAUAUCAGACAAUUGGUGAGAAACCUUACAAUUGUAAAGAUUAUGGCAAAGAUAACACUUGCUGCUCCAGCCUUAAUGAACAUCAGAGAAAGAAACGGCGUAAAUGUGGAGAGCAUGGUAAAGGCUUUUAUUGGCAUUCACAGUUGACUCGAUCUCUAAGAAGUCAUACUAGAGAAAAGCCUUACAUGUGUCCAGACUGUGGUAAAGCCUUUCUAUAUUUGUGUCGCCUUUCCCAACACCAGAGAGUUCAUAAUGGUGAGAAACCUUACAAAUGUGAAGAAUGUAAGAAAGCCUUUAAGGUGAAGUCAAGUCUUAGUCAGCAUCAGAGAAUUCAUACUGGCCUGAAACCUUACAAAUGUGAAGAAUGUGGCAAAGCCUUUAACUGGGUGUCAAAUCUUUCUAAACAUUAUAAACUUCAUACUGGGGAAAAGCCUUACAAAUGUAAUGAAUGUGGAAAAGCCUUUAUUAAUAAUUCAAAACUUAUUCAACAUCAUAGAAUUCAUACUGGGCAGAAACCUUACAAAUGUAAAGUAUGUGGCAAAGUCUUUAACCAGAAGUCACAUCUUAAUCGACAUCACAGAAUUCAUACUGUGGAGAAACCUUAGAACUGUUAAGAAUGUGGCAGUCUUUAAAAAAACAGUCAUAUCUUAGUCAACAUCAUAGAAUUCACACUGGGAAGAAACUACAAAUGUGAAGACUGUGGCAAAGCCUUUAACUGGAAGUCAAGUCUUAUUCUACAUCACAGAAUUCACAUUAGAGAAAUGUUAAAAUUCAAAGGUCAUUUUUUUACUGUAGUCUCUUUAACCAGAAGUCCAGAAGUUUCACCAGAAGUGGCAGUGAUUAUCCAGAAGUCAAAUCAUCCUAAACAUCGGAGUGCCUAGUGAGAGAACCCGUAAAUGAAAAUGACCAAUGGAUUGUCCAAAUAUAUAUUAUGAAACCACCAGAUUUUCAUACUGGAAACUUUAAAGAAGCAAAAAUAGGAGAAAGUAAUUUAUAAUGAAAAUUAGAUGCAUAUUGAGACAUUGCAGUGCAGUAGUAAGUUAAUUCCACUUGGCCAGACAUAACCUAAAAUGAGAAUAUGGUCAUGGAGCAUAAACCAAGAUUAAAACACUAAAUAUUAGCAUAAUUUAAAAGUUCAGGAGGCCUCCCUGGUGGCGCAAGGGGUUAAGUUGCAGCUUUGUGAAGCUGUUGGCAGCCACUGCAGCACAAGUUUGAUCCCUGUCCAGGGAGCUGACCGACAUGGAGCAGCAGACCUCUCCUGUCUUGCCUGAUGCUCCCCUCAGCAGUGUAUUUCAGUGGAUCUGCCUGUUCUGUUCCCCACUCUGUCUCUGGUGAAUCCUCUCACCCCCCUCACCUCUGGCCUAUACCCCAGUUCUUGUAUGCAUAAAAAUACAUCUUUAAAAAACAUAAAUAAAACUUGAAGACAAUGGUUUGGGUCAUGUAUAGUUAUUUUCUAUCAGCCAUACUUGAGCUAUGAAUAGACAUGAUGAAUGUAAUUCACGCCUAAAUUACUUCAUUCUAUGACUUUCUCAUGUACGUCACAUCAUGUGUUUGAUUGUUGCUGCCUCAAACAUCUAAGGGAUCCUUCUCUAAUGGAUGGAUUUGCUCACAUCUGACUUGCUCCUGCAAAUUUAAGGUGGUGUCAUAUAUCAUGUAUGAAGAAAAUGUGAAUGGAUAUGCUGUUUGGUUGACUCAAAAGAUUGAUCUAAAUCACCCAAUUGGCAUAGAAAUUAGACCGAGAAACAUGCUGAAGUUCAAAUCAUUUCAUCCUUUUGUCCUUAGGGAAUACAUUGACAGUUUAUUAAAGUCCUGAUGUCUCUUCAGAGUAGGACAGCGGUGGCGCAACUGUAGAGAAUGAUAAGGGAGGGGCAUGAGGAGACGCAGACACUGGGUCAGGGUGCGGGCCUCGUGCUGCUGAGGGUCUCUGCAGCCCUUCAUUUAUGCAUUUCAGGCAACCCGGGAGAGCGCGUGAGCACAGGCAUGAGGGAAGGGAACAGUCACAUCUUUCCCAGAGCAGCAAGGGUUGAUUGACCUUUCGCAGAGGCUGUGACUGAAAGGUUCCGUGUGGUAAAGACAAGGAGAGCUAGGCUACGUUUCUCAAAGGGAGGGAAAGUUUAUUGCGCCCCGCGCAGACCUCACGCACCCAAGGUGGGUGUCAGUGAAGCCGCGCAGGUUGUUAGGGGGAAGCAGGGUUUUAAAGGGUGAGCAGGGGUCAGGUGGGAAGUUGGGCUCCUCUGGCAGGAAAAAGUUUGUUGGGCAGGGGGAGUCUUGUGGGGCAGGUAGAGGUUCUUUGUCUGAGAAGAGACUCUCCGGGGAGGGGGGAGUCUCACUGUCUGAGUCCUCCAGGCAGGUAUCCGCAUUCCUGCCCCCCAGGUGGGCUUCCUGGUAGGCUUCUGCAUUCCUGCCUCCUGCAUGGACCUUUCAUACCAGCCUUUUGUUGAUAGGAAAAGGGGUGAAGUUUCUCUCUUUGGCUACUUCUGGCUGAAAGGGGCAAAAAUCAAGGGGGUGGCUCAGGCCUGGUGAUGAGGGUCUUCUGCAGGGACGCGAGAAUAUGGGUGGAGAAGGAGUUGGUUAAAGGUGGUAGGAGACAUUUCCCGAAUGCGAGCCUGUAUGAAUUUUAGGAGGCGAGGAGAGAAAAGAAAAAAUAAGGUGAUCAUUAGUAUUGGCCCCAAGAGUGGGAGGAGCCAUGACACUAGGAUUUUGAAACCUUGUCAGUGGAGAGUUGGAGUCCCCGGUUUUACUAGUAAUAACAUUCUUCCCUGAGGAACAGGCAGGUACCCCCUUUAUUAGCUGUUAACAAGUCCAGAGCCCGCCGGGUUUGGAGAGUGACCUGUGCCAGGGCGGUGAGCUGUCUUUGUAAUGAUGCUGAAGACACAUAGGUUUUUUCUAAGGAGGUAUCUAUUCUUUCAUGAAAUUCCUGGGCAGAAAUCAGGCUGUGUCCCAGGGCCCCACCUGCCAUUCUUGCGGCUGCUAUCGAUGAUGCCAGGCUGAUUCCAACCAUGAUUGGGAGAAAGGCCGCCCGCUUAGUCCGAUGUGGUGAGAAUAACCAACCUAGCUCAGACCGUCCGUACAGAGCUAACUGUGGGACCGCGAGGACUUGGAUACGUGGGCCUGGAGUAGCAGAAUUAAUACACCGAGAGAGAGAGCCACUGCACCAGAAAAAGUUUCCCUUUGCUGUUGUUCGGAGCACAGAAGUAACCGAAAUGUUAGAAGCACGGGCAUGAAAGCUGACAAGGGCAUCCGUUUGCUGGCAGGGGUAGCUGUGAUUGGAGUCCCAUAGGGGGACUGAGAGUUGGGGAGUCUGGCAAGCAGCGUCCGUUAUCUUGGUCGUAGUGGUACUGAGAUUCAUUGGACCUGCUGCCAGUAGAGGCCUCUGAAGGGAAGCACAGAGGAAACAAGAGGAGGUGUUAGUCCCACAAGAGUCAUUCAGGAA